AUGGCCGACAUGGCUGCCGUCGACGAGAAACUCUCCCCCAGCCAGCAUGAUGAGCUGCAGCAGGCUGGUAACGGCGCCGAUGCCCGUGGCACCAAGCGCAACCGCAUGAGCGCCGAGGACGACGAUGAUGAUGACGACAAGCCCGGCCGUGAGCGCCGCAAGAUUGAGAUCAAGUUUAUUCAGGAUAAGUCGCGUCGCCACAUCACCUUCUCCAAGCGGAAGGCUGGUAUCAUGAAGAAGGCUUACGAGUUGUCCGUUCUCACCGGCACCCAAGUGCUUUUGCUGGUUGUCUCUGAGACGGGUCUCGUCUAUACCUUCACCACCCCCAAGCUGCAGCCUCUCGUCACCAAGGCCGAGGGCAAGAACCUCAUUCAGGCAUGCUUGAACGCGCCUGAUCCCACCACCAAUGAGAAUGGUGUCGAUGCUCCCGAUGUCCCGGCCGAGACCCCCGAGGAUGUCGGCCACAAUGUCAACGCGCCGCAGUCCAACAUGCCCCGCCCUGGCAUGCACCCCGGCUACAUGACCAACGAGCAGCAGCAGCAGAUGGCCUACUAUCAGAACCUUCAGCAGCAACAGCAAGCAGGUGGCCAGUAUCCCGGUAUGCCAGUGGGUAACCGCAUGCCCCCGCAGCACCAACCCACGGCGUAA